ACUUAGUACAGUGCCUGGCACAGAGUAAGCCCUUAACAAAUACCGUAAUUAUUCUUACUGAGGAAGCACUGACAACUUGGGGAAAAUCCCGGUCCCAGUCUUGGGAAAGACUUUCCUAACACGCUGUGUACAGCUUGGAAUUCGUGCCUCUCCAGACAUGACAGUGGGUUACUCUCAAUGUCUUCUGCAGAAGCCCAAAUUAUUUACCAGAAUUGUAGCUUUUUUUUUUUUCUUCCUUUUAUGUUGCCUUUUACACUGACUCACACUGAGUCAUCCCUCCCCUUUCUCUCCCCGCCUCCUCAAAAUAACCCUGCGAAGGGGGAAUUGGGAGAUUCGUGAAGGAAUUCCUAAUAUUCCACAGUCGAAACCUGAGGGGGAGAUACGACCCAUUCCCGCCUCUUCCUCUCUCCGGAGGCGGAGGGUGCCGGGGUCUGCGUAACCUUGUCCGGACAGAAAAAAUGCACCCCGCCGAGAUGUAGACCCGGUGCUUCGCUGGGGAGAGAAAGCACCAAGUUUCAGCUGGCGUCUCCAAGAAGGGCGACCUUCCGGGCUUGGCUUCCAAGGAGUCCAGCGUGAAAAUCAUCCAUUCUAUCACAGAAAAGUAAAAUCGGAGGGAGCCUUUCACCUGAAGUUCAGACCGCAGAGAAGUGGGUCCUGAAGAAUAGCCACGUUCGUGAGGUUGGAGCUGUCAGGCUGAAGAAAUGCAGAGAAGAGAAAGAAACUGACCAGUUUCGGAGGCGCUUGAGGAGGGGAGAGAGGCGUUUUGGAAAAUGAUCCGGGUAGCGGUAUAAAGACUGAAAUGGGAGAGGCCAGAAGCCGGGAGACUACUGAGGAGGCUGAGAACGAUCCAGGCCUGGCCCGGGAUGCAACAGGCGUGAUGGAGGUCGAAUCUUCAUACUCAGACUUCAUCUCGUGCGACCGGACCGGCCGCAGAAACGCGGUACCCGACAUCCAAAGCGGCGCGGAGGCGGCGAGCGUGAGGAAGCUGGCUGGGGACCUGGGAGAGUUGGCGCUCGAGACAGCUGAAGGUCAGGCCGAGGCGAGCGCAGCCGACAAGGAGGCGGGAGCCAGCCCCGAGGGCAGCGAGGGCACCACGGCGUCCUGAGGGGCCUCUUCCGCCUGCCCGGGGAGAGGAAGAGAGAGAAUGACCCGCAGAGACCGCCCAGGACGAUAGCUCUCCCCACCCGCCGUCCCCGACCCCCUCUCCCCGGCCUCCCGACCCCGCGGGCACCCUCGCCCGAGCGCUGGACUGGCACGAUGAGCCGGCGCUCCCGAGGCACCGCCGCCGGGGCGGACCCGGAGACCUCGCCGCCGAGUCGCGGCCGCCGAAGCCUCCAAAGGACUGCCUCCACCGCCCACCCACGGGCCACCGCGGCCCGCGGGAGGCCAGCCGAGCGGGGCGGCCUACCCCCGGGACUUGCCCCGAGGUGCCUUAGUAGCACAUUUUCUACCCUGAGGAGACCCCCUGCCCAUAUCCAUCCCAGCCCCUUCUCCGUCUCUCUCCACCGUGGCAACCCAAUCCAUUAUUUAUUGUCGGGGUCCACCGUCAGGCCAGUCUAGCUGCUCCUUCCCACCCUCCCACCGGAGCUAGGAGAAGACAGCCCGAAAGCGACCGUCCCAGGCUCGAGGCCCCGGGGCCGGGAGCCUGUUCCCUGCCGGGAAUCGAGAUCCAGGGCGAGGGUGUCUCCCGACUCCAGCCCCGCCCCCAGCCCCCAACGGGUCACCUCACUGCCAGCCUGACCGAAUCCCCGGGCCUCCUCCCCGAGCCAGCCCGGCUCCUCUUCCCUUCCUUUUUUAAACUUUUAGACUUUUGAGAUACCGAAAUCGUUUUGGUUUUUUUUUGGUUUUUUCCAGGCGGGCGGGAGGGAGGCGGCAGAAGAGGCGUGCUCGGUGUUUUUGACGCCGUUUUCGGAUAAACUCUUUGAUCUUCUAUGCAGCUCAGAGAUCCUUAUUUCUGAAGACGUUUCUCAGUUCCUUUCUCACGGGAAGUCUUCCGUGCUAAAAACCUUCAGAGUGACUCUCCGCCCUUUCGUCACGGAUAAACGAAUCCUGCCACCCGGCGAAUAAAUCCAGAUGUUUGUGUGAUC